CCUGUGUCUCCAGGGAGGCGACUUCUCUCCCUCUCCGUCUGCCUGCCUGUGUGUGUGUGUGUGUGUGCGUCCUCCUGAAAAAUCGAUAUACUUUUCUCCCCCAUGCGAUUUAUUUUCAAUUUCACAUUGUAACCUACUAUAUAUUGCUUUUUUCUUCUUUUUUUCCCCUAUGAAAAUACUAUGGGAGAGCGACUGGCAAGGAGCCAGAAUCGAGCAAACCAUCACCCAUUUGUCAUGGAUCCAACAGCAGGACAAACCAGACCACGGAUUGCUGGGAGUCGGCACCGAAACUGGAUCCGUAGGUGUUACACUGACAGACUUCAAGCCCACUCCAGAUGACCUUACCCGUUAUAACUUUAACCUUCGAGGACAUCAUAACGCUAUUCGAAUGGUUACGUGGAAUAAGAGCCAGUCAAAAUUGGCCUCUUGCGAUGCAUCCGGAAUCAUUUAUGUUUGGGUCCGAAAUGACGAUCGGUGGUCCGUGGAACUCGUCAACGAUCGAGGCGUCAAAGUGAGUGACCUUAGCUGGAGCCCGUGCGGCGGAUCCGCGCUAAUAUGCUAUGACGACAAUUUUGUGCUCAUCGGAAGUGCCAACGGCCAGCGUGUCUGGAGUAACUCCUUCCCGCUGCCUGCAGCUGUCACCUGUGGAGUAUGGGCCCCGGAUUCCAGGCAACUGGUGUUAGGCUUUUCCACUGGAACUAUUCAAGUUUUGUCGAAUGCCGGAGUGAAUAUCACGUCGAGAAGUUUCACAGAAGACAAGCUCACACAAAUGGCAUUUUCCCCGUUGCGAACCAAAGUUCGAGAGGUUGAAUGGACGCUUGCGAUGUUGAGUAGUGCUAACAAGAUCUACAUGAUAUCUGCUUACGAUCAACUUCACCCCGCAAUUUAUCGCUCGAAAUUUCAAGUAAUACGUAUGGAAUGGAACACGGACGGUACGAUUCUCGCCUUAAUAAACGCCAACAAUGAGCUCGUCAUGAUUGACACCACCUGCCGAGUCAUACAUCGUGAGCGGAUCCCGAUCGCGGAUAAGGAGAAGACACUAAUCCCGAAUCCCCCACCAACUCAGAAGCUUACAGCCUUCACUUGGGCUCAUAACGGAAAUGUGGUGAUAAUCGCUGCCGGCGGGUGUCUGACUGUCGGACGGAUUCUGUUCGGCGUCCCAUCGCUCUUCGAAAUUGUGACGUACGAUCUGUGGAAGAUGAUGGGAUGCUCGUCAAAAAAAGUGGAUAAGCUGCCGAUUCCACUCAAGGAGAUGAAUGCGUUGCGAGAGCUCGAUCAUCACGUCAUCAGGUGUCGAAUACCCCGGUCCCAAGACAUGUGCUCCUACGUGUGCAGUGUGGUGGACGCCCGAUGCUACUGUACAAUACGGCCAUUGGCACGUGGCAGUCACACUUAUGUACUCUGCUUCGAACAUCUCGGAGGACUGGUCCCAUUGCUUCUCGGACGUCAGGUCAAUCGGUUUUUACCGCAAUUUCAGAUUUUCAUGUAUCAGUCGAAGCCACCUACGAGCUCACCGCCUAGUGGCUCUUCUGCCCAAGUUGAAGACGUAAACUCCAUAUUCCGCUACUCGACGGGUCGAAACUCACUCUGGCGCCGAAGUAAACGCCAAAUUCGGGCGUUAAUGUCAAGACACGUCCGCCCCACACGUCCAGACACCCGUCUCCUCCAAGUGACGUCAAAUGUGUGGUGCACCCGAUUCAACAUUUCCUCCCUCUCCCCAUCACUACUCCCAACAUUCCUGGGGCAGGUGAUCUACAAGACCUCCGUUCUACACCUCCAGCCAAGACAAAUGACCAUUGAUCUGGCGGUAUUGCAGCGAAAAGAUGGCAAGGAACUUCCGGAAGCUUCUGUAGACGGGACCACACAUAUGACUUCCUCUCCAGAUCAGGGACUAACUUCAGAAGAGCGUCAGUUCUUCCAGAAGAUUCUCGCCGAGUGUCUCUCACUGAGGGCUGUCAUCAAUUCUUCGAAUUUUGGAAAGCCUCCACCGCCUGCUGCAGCUUCUACCAUAAGCCUCCCCUGUCAGCCAUCAACAUCCAAAGAGCCCGACUCCUCAGCCCACACCACUCCGAUCAGCACGAGAACCGUCGAAUCAAAGCACGACGUGACGAGUAUGGCGAGCUCGGUGAGCACGUGGCACGAGGAAAUUGAAGCGCUGGCGUUUAUCGACGGGGAUGCCGAUGAGAAGGCGAUGUUGGUGCAGCCGGCGUUGAAGACCGGAUGGGCAGCGAUGGAACAAGCGAGUAAAAAGGAUGCGGAGGUGAUACGAUCGCACGUGGAUAAGUUGGCAUCAAUUGCAGAACAAUUGAGUAAACGACACGGUGAUUUUAAUGUGAAACGAGACAAAGCAUCGAUCAACAAGAUGCGCUCACAAAUGAAGACCCUCCUGCGGCGAGUCAACGAGAUUGAGCAAAAAGUGGCGAAUGGUGACGUGAAAACCGAAGUCCGUCAGCUGCUGAACACGUUGAACGAGAUGAAGAAGGCGUUGGGUGAGGGUGUACCGAAGAGUGGACGAAGUCUCAAUUCAACGUGUAAAAUCGAGACAAUGACCAAUAAGACGCCGUUUUGGAACGAGCAAAAUCAGGUUUAUCAGCUGGAUUUUGGAGGCCGCGUGACUCAAGAGUCGGCCAAGAAUUUCCAGAUCGAAUUGGACAGCAAACAAGUUCUGCAAUUCGGCAGAAUCGAAGGCGGCUCGUACACCCUCGACUUCCGGUACCCGUUCUCGGCGGCACAGGCGUUUGCCGUCGCACUGGCCAGCAUCACACAACGACUUAAAUAAUCAAUAAUCGAUUGGCUCAUAUCACCAAAUCCUACCUUUCCCAUUGACAACGAGUCCCAACCAGUUAUAUUUGUAACCUUCGAAAACCCUGUAGUGUAUACCCAUCAUAUCUCGGUUGGUUUUAAAGAUAUCAAAAAACUUUUUAGUACAAAUUUGUAGAAAAAAAUAUUUUGAACAUUUUACCAGUUGACAAUUUUUUGAUAAAAUCAGAGCCCACCGAGAUAUGAGCUCUUGAAAUCUGAAAUCAAACUCUGUGAUUUGACCGCUAGUUUCUCUUCCACGUGGUGUCAGAGUGUCUCAUUUCGGCCAGAUCUACGGAGAUCUACAAAAAAAGGCGGGAGUAUAGACGCAGAGUUACGUGUUGACGUCACAUUUUUUUGGGCCCAAAAAUUCCCGCAUUUUUUGUAGAUCAAACCGUAAUUGGUCAGCCCCUGGCACCACGUGCUCUUCUAGAUCCCUCCAUGCCCCACACGUCAUAGUCCUCCUAGAAUACACCUCUCUUGUCAUUUCUCUUGUACAUGUAACCUAGUACGGCUGGAAGAAUGUUUUAGGGUACAAGUAGUACGCGCUGUCUGUCGCGCGCCUCUUGCAAAACACGAACAGCGAACCACUUAUUUUUGAACGAAUUGUAGAAAUACAUGUACAGCUUCCACACAUUCAUAAUAUUGAUUUUUUCGCACCUGUUUUUUUUCUGGAGAAAAUGAAUAAAUUUUCAGUUUUUGUU